UGAAUGCUCCAUUCCUCUUCAAGGGACAAUGAACCAGAAGACCACUCUAGUGCUCCUUGCACUGGCUGUCAUCACCAUCUUUGCCUUGGUCUGUGUUCUGCUAGUGGGCAGGGGUAGGGAUGAGAAUGAUGAGCCUAGCCAGCCUUCCCAUUGCCACUCCAUAUAUCCCAGUGCCCAGCCCUGGACACACCCUGGCCAGAGCCAGCUGUUUGCAGACCUGAGCCAAGAGGAGCUGACAGCUGUGAUGAGCUUUCUGACUCGGCGGAUCCGGCCAGGGCUGGUGGAUGCAGCCCAGGCUCAGCCCUCCGACAACUGUGUCUUCUCAGUGGAGCUGCAGCUGCCCCCGAAGGCUGCAGCCCUGGCCCACCUGGACAGGGGGAGCCCCCCACCUGCCCGGGAGGCACUGGCCAUCAUCUUCUUUGGUGGACAACCCCAGCCCAAUGUGACUGAGCUGGUGGUGGGACCACUGCCUCGCCCCUCCUACAUGCGGGAUGUGACCGUGGAGCGUCAUGGAGGCCCCCUGCCCUAUCACCGACGCCCUGUGCUGGCCCGAGAGUACCUGGACAUAGACCAGAUGAUCUUCGAUAAAGAGCUGCCCCAGGCUGCUGGUCUCCUCCAUCACUGUUGCUUCUACAAACGACAAGGAAGGAACCUGGUGACAAUGACCACAGCCCCCCGUGGUCUGCAAUCAGGGGACCGGGCCACCUGGUUUGGCCUCUACUACAACAUCUCAGGGGCUGGGUUUUUCCUACACCCCAUAGGCUUGGAGCUGCUGGUAGACCACAAGGCCCUGGACCCUGCCCGCUGGACCAUCCAGAAGGUGUUCUAUCAAGGCCGCUACUAUGAGAGUCUGGCCCAGCUGGAGGAUCAAUUUGAGGCCGGCCUGGUGAAUGUGGUGUUGAUCCCAGACAAUGGCACAGGUGGGGCCUGGUCCCUGAAGUCCCAGGUGCCACCGCAUCAGGCUCCCCCUCUGCAGUUCCAUCCCCAGGGACCACGCUUCAGUGUCCAGGGGAGUCGAGUAAACUCUUCACUGUGGACUUUCUCCUUUGGUCUUGGAGCUUUCAGUGGCCCAAGGAUUUUUGAUGUUCGCUUCCAGGGAGAACGGCUGGCUUAUGAGAUCAGCCUCCAAGAAGCCUUGGCUGUGUAUGGGGGCAAUUCCCCAGCAGCAAUGCUGACCCAUUAUAUGGAUGGUAGCUUUGGCAUGGGCAAGUACUCCACGCCCCUGACCCAUGGGGUGGACUGCCCCUACAUGGCCACUUAUGUGGACUGGCACUUCCUUUUGGAGUCCCAGACCCCCAAGACAAUGCGUGAUGCCUUUUGUGUGUUUGAACACAACCAGGGCCUCCCCCUGCGGAGACACCACUCAGAUUUACAGUCUCACUAUUUUGGGGGCCUUUCAGAGACAGUGCUAGUCAUCAGAUCUGUGUCCACUUUGCUGAACUAUGACUACGUGUGGGACAUGGUCUUCCACCCCAAUGGGGCCAUAGAAGUCAAAUUCCAUGCAACGGGCUACAUCAGCUCAGCGUUCCUCUUUGGUGCUGCCAAGAAGUACGGGAACCAAGUACAGGAGCACACGCUGGGCACAGUCCACACGCACAGUGUCCACUACAAGAUAGAUCUGGAUAUAGCAGGAGUGAAGAACUGGGUCUGGGCCGAGGACAUGGCCUUUGUUCCCACGGCUGUGCCCUGGAGCCCUGAGCACCAGAUACAGAGGCUGCAGGUGACCCGGAAGCAGCUGCAGACAGAGGAGCAGGCGGCCUUCCCCCUGGGAGGGGCCACACCUCGCUACCUGUACCUGGCCAGCAACCACAGCAACAAGUGGGGUCACCCACGGGGCUACCGCAUCCAGGUGCUCAGCUUUGCGGGAGAGCCAAUGCCCCAGAACAGCUCCAUGGAGAGAGCCCUCAGCUGGGGGAGGUACCAGCUGGCCGUGACCCAGCGGAAGGAGGAAGAGCCCAGUAGCAGCAGCAUCUUCAACCAGAAUGACCCUUGGGCCCCCACAGUGGACUUCACUGACUUCAUCAACAAUGAGACCAUCAUGGGAGAGGACUUGGUGGCCUGGGUGACAGCUGGAUUUCUGCACAUCCCACAUGCAGAGGACAUUCCCAACACGGUGACUGUGGGCAACAGUGUGGGCUUCUUCCUCCGACCCUACAACUUCUUUGACGAGGACCCCUCCUUCUACUCUGCUGACUCCAUCUACUUCCAAGGGGACCAGGAUGCUGGGGCCUGUGAGGUCAACCCCCUGGCUUGCCUGCCCCAGAGUGCUGCCUGUGCCCCCGACUUCCCUGCCUUCUCCCAUGGGGGCUUCUCUCACAGCUAGGUGGUCGCUGGGCUGGAGAAUCUGCCCAAGGGCUCCAGGACAGAUUCUCUUUUCCUUCCUCCCACCCCUGCUGUCUGUCCAUCUCCCAGUCCCCCAAGAUCCCCUCCCUUCCAUUGCCCUCCCUCCCUUGUACCCUCCUUGGGACCAGGAGUAUCCUGAGCCCGUGAUGCCUGACACUGGGAAACUCAGUUUGUUGCUGGGCCCUGUCCCAGAGAGGCAAGGAUGGCCCAGUCAGGAGCCUGGGGUAAUGGCCAGGAUUUUCCCUAGAUUGUUCUUUUUUUUAUUUUCUGGUUUUCCAGAAUCUUUUAGGCCAUUUCUGAGGUCUCUGACACAGGGAUUAUGAUCCCUUGAGAGCCCAAGGCAGGGCCACCAGUCCUGCACAUCCAUAUUGAGUGGGAAAGAACUCUUCUGCAUAUAUUCCCCACUCAUCCAAGUCCCUUUCUUCUCUCCAUCUUCUCAAAGCUACAGCCUCCUCCUUCCCUUCCGACCUACCAUUCCAUCCUGGGAUAUCCCUCCUGUGCUGAAGGGAUGUCCCUCUGUCCCAGCCCGUGGUGCUCCCACUGUCCUCAGCUCUCAUCUACAGUCUCCUCUCCUGCCCCUGGGCCAGCCAAUUGUAGGAUACAAUGCGGUGUGUCCUUUUGCAUCUGUCACAUAUUGGGACUAGGAUUUGCCAGCAGGCCUGUUCCAGGGCAAGGUGCAUUUCUAAGCAGUUCCCUACCUGUGUGCAUCUGCCUACCUUGGGCUCUCUGGAGGGGAAUGCACAUUGUGACAGCAGCUGCUCAAGUGAGCAUUUCAGGUGGUUUUGUGGAUGCAAUCCCAGUGAAGAUGUGUCAUUUUGUGCUAAGGCUGUGUGUGACCACUGGCCUUAUUCUGCAACAGCUAAUUUGGGAAGCUGGGGUAGGAACCAAGGAUGGUGGUCCAAUCAUGCACGGACAUGCAAAUUAGCCGGGGCUGGGCCUGGUGGGGCCGUGCCUGGCCUGGAGAGGGAACCUGUUCCAGUAUCUCUCAUCACUGCUUCCCCUCCAGGGCUCUGUCCAAAGAAUGGACAGGAUGGGUCCAAAGAAAUAGCAAGAGAUUGGAAACAACAGAAACCUACUUCCAUUAAAGAUUAGGCAAAUCAAUUAGGAUACACUUUACAUUGCAAUUUCUGUUCAGCUAAAAAAUAAUAGUUUGUCUUUAUAUGCUUAUUUGGAAUAAUCUUCAAGUGAAAAGGGCAAGGUGCUGAAAUGGGAUGGUGCAGUUCCAUUUGUGUUUUAGAAAGGAGGAGACUAUAUAUGAAUAUGCUUUAUAUACACAUAUUCAGAAAAAUAGGUAACACUGAUUACCUCUGGGGAGGAAAACUGGGAGUUUGGGGACAGGAGAGGGAGGGGAUUUAGUACCGUAUACCUUUUGUACAUUUUGAAUUGUGGACUAUGUGACCAUAUGACCAAAAUAAAUAAGAAAUGGGCCAAAA